AUGAUUUUGGAGGCGUCAAAUAAGAUUAAUUCUGAGUCUAUUGAAAGUGGCAAUGGUUGGACUAAAUGUGUUUUUGAAACAACAAAUCAAUUUAUAACUAGUGAGGUAUUCAAAAGUCGGAAUGAAUUAGUUAACUGGACUCGUGAAGAAGGAAGAAAGUGUGGAAUAGUAGUUGUAAUUAGGAGGUCUGAUGCUCCAGGGAAUUGUAGGUUAAAAAGAGGGCGAAUAACUUUUGGUUGUGAGAGAGGUGGCUUUUAUCAAAAGAAUAGCAUAGACUCAGAAUGCAUGCAAAAGAAGAAGCUUAAUGCCAGCUUGAAUCCUCAAAAGAAGAAGAGUGAUAGAAGUGGUGGUACAAAGAGGUGUGGUUGCCCAUUUCGCUUGAAGGGCAAAAAUGUUGGUCCUGGGGAUGAGUGGAUCCUUGAGGUUGUAAAUGGGAUGCAUAACCAUCAUGCUGCAAAGUAUCCUGAAGGGCAUUCCUAUCUGGGGCGAUUAACCAAGGAAGAAAAUAAUUUGUUGGUUGAUAUGUCAAAGAACCUGGUAAAUCCAAAAGAAAUAUUAUACACUUUAAAGAAAAAUGACCCACUCAAUUCAAGCACUAUGAAGACAAUCUACAAUGCUCGACAUAUUCAAAGGGUGAUUGAAAAAGCUGGCAUUUCAGAGAUGCAAAUACUGCUAAACAAUUUGCAGAAAUGCAAUUAUGUGGAAUGGCAUAGGAGUUACGGCACAGAGAACAUUGUGAGUGACUUGUUCUGGACUCAUCCUGAUAGUGUAAAUCUGCUACGUGCAUUUCCUUAUGUUUUAAUAAUGGAUGCCACAUACAAGACAAAUAAGUUUCGAUAUCCAUUGUUAGAGAUUGUGGGGGUGACAUCUACAGAGUUAACAUUCCAUGCUGCAUUUGUGUACAUCCAUGCUAAGAAAGAAGAAAAUUAUGUAUGGGCUUUAUCUAAAUUGAAGAGUGUGAUGAAUGAAGACUGUCUUCCAAGUGUGAUUGUUACUGACAGAGAGUUAGCACUCAUGAAUGCCAUUCGUCGAGUGUUCCCUGCUGCUCAACAUUUAUUGUGCAGAUGGCAUAUUAAUAGGGCAGUGUUGGGAAAAUGUAAAAAGCUUGUUGAUAACCAAGUGAAGUUUAAAAAGUUGAUGCAGGCAUGGAACACAUUGGCGGAAAGUGCUCAUUCAAAAUUGAAGCGACAUUUGAUGUCUAGUCUGUGCAACUUUGAUACAUCAUGGAAAAAUAUUCACGCCUUACUAGUGUUGCAACACACAGAAGUAAAGGCUUCAUUUGAGAAAAGUCUUAUAUUUGUCCGACAUGACUUCAUAAAGAAUGAGUUUAAGGUAAUAGUGGGUUUUGUAUCACAUGCUGCCCUGGAUUAUAUUUUGGGAGAGUCUGAGAGGAUGGAUAUUAUUGGAACUAAUGAGAAUGCAUGUGGCAGUACUUUGAGAAAAACACAUGGGUUACCAUGUGCACAUGAAAUGGCAAUUUAUAAGGAGAAUGGCACCCUAUUCCACUUGAUUGUAUUCAUCGUCAUUGGAGGAAAUUAG